GACAUUCCGACCGGUCUCGCAAUGACUUCGGAGGUAAUUCGAUAGAAUAUUACCGCUGGUUUGAUAUACGCGGGCUGAUCAAAAUGGCGGACAGAUAAAUUUGUUGUUGUUUUUCUGUUUUAACGCAAAGAUGUCUAAACAAUUGCCAGAAACUGAUCUGAUAGACCUCAGUGAUGACAAGGACGCAGACAGUCAGAGAAGUUCCCCUGUCAUUCUUACCAAGCACCCAAAUAAACACAAUACGGGAAAGGGAAGAAAGGGAGAGGAAAAGGUACAAGAGAAGGGCUCCAAGGGAGGUCAUGAGAGUCCCAGUCACAGCAUAGGAGAUUCCCUGUCUUUGAACUCAAACGACUCCAAUGAUCCACGGCGUCUGGUACCAUGGGUAAACUGUCAGGAGAAAAUUAUCCUGUGUCUAGAUCUAUCAAAUGAGAUGAAUGAGAAGUCAUUUCCAAGCAAAAAAGCCCCAGAUUUUACUGCUUACCAGUUUGUUAGAAAAGCUGCAAAGAUAUUUGUGAACAACAAGGCCAUGCUGAACUCCAUACAUGAAUUUGGUGUGAUCACGCUUGCAGACGAUGCCACAUGGUACCAGCAAUUUGAAAGUAACCCUGACAUGAUUUGCACCUUACUUGAUCACCUUAAUCCCAGUGAGGAAGAUAACCAAGACACUUUUGAUAUGGAAAAACUUUUUCAGACAAUAUGUCAGCGUAUCGCAUUGCCGGAGGUUGAAGACCCUGCCCUCCCCCCACCUUACGUUAUCAGGGUGAUUAUGAUUUAUGGACGGUCCCACUGUCCACCUCAUUUCACCGACAGGAGCCGACAAAUGCUCCGUGAGUUGUUGCAAUCACCAUAUUUCUUUUUUGAUGUUCUGUAUGUCCACGAAUUGCCCUCUGAAAAUAACCAAUGCGAGGCGAUUUAUGACAGCUUUUGCGAGCUGGACGAGGAUGAAGAUGGUUAUAUGUUGGAAGUUUCUCGGAGCACAUCCCGCCUGUUCGACCACAUGGCCAUUCUACUAGCUCAUCCACUCCAGAGACCAAAACAGAGGGACACUUUCUACGAACUGCAAAAUAGGGAUGAUAAUGAGACUACGUGAAGACUAAAACAGAAAGACACUUGCUACGAACUGCAAAAUAGGGAUGAUAAUGAGAUUACGUGAAGACUAAAACUCAGGGACACAUUCUAUGAACUGCAAGCUAGGAAUGAGGAGUUUUUUUUUUUUCUAAAAAAUUAGAUUUAUGACAGCUUUUGCGAGCUGGACGAGGAUGAAGAUGGUUAUAUGUUGGAAGUGUCUCGGAGCACACGCCGCCUGUUCGACCACAUGGCCAUUCUACUAGCUCAUCCACUCCAGAGACCAAAACAGAGGGACACUUUCUACGAACUGCAAAAUAGGGAUGAUAAUGAGACUACAUGAAGACUAAAACAGAGAGACACAUUCUACGAACUGCAAGUUAGGGAUGAAAAUGAGAUUACGUGAAGACUAAAACUCAGGGACACAUUCUAUGAACUGCAAGCUAGGAAUAACGAGUUUUUUUUUUUCUGAAAAAUUAGAAUCCCGGAAAAGCAAAUGAUUCAGGUUAUCAGGGACAACAUUACACGUAAUCUGAAUUUGAAAAACAAAUUAUACCUAAUACUCCCUGCAUAUCCCCGGUAUACGGGGUGUUUGCAGACGUUCUCUCGCUCGAAUUUUUCUUAUUAAGAAAAGUGUAAAUAGGAAUAGACUAGAGCUUAUGUACACCGGCAGAGGGGAGGGGAAUGCCUCCAUUAUAUUUCAGCCUUACCCCCAACAAUGCCCUUGCCAUGUAAAAGCUCUCCGUACCCCCCCCCCCACCACCACCACCACCACCACCAUCACGAUAUUGUUUCCUUGUCAAUGUUCCUCCCCCCCUCCCCACGAUAUUGUUCUCUUGUCAGAGUUCCUCCCCCCCUCCCCACGAUAUUGUUCUCUUGUCAGAGUUCCUCCCCCCCUCCCCACGAUAUUGUUCUCUUGUCAGAGUUCCUCCCCCCUCCCCACGAUAUUGUUCUCUUGUCAGAGUUCCUCCCCCCCUCCCACGAUAUUGUUCUCUUGUCAGAGUUCCUCCCCCCCUCCCCACGAUAUUGUUCUCUUGUCAGAGUUCCUCCCCCCUUCCCCACGAUAUUGUUCUCUUGUCAGAGUUCCUCCCCCCCCUCCCCACGAUAUUGUUCUCUUGUCAGUGUUCUCUCCCCCUUCCCCCCACAAUAUGGUUUCCAUGUCAGAAUUCCUUAUACUCCCCGUUAGACGGUAUUAGCUGGUUUAUCUUAUCUCUGAGGACGCGGUAACUGCCCCAUAUUUUCCGUGUCUAGUGCGGGCUUCCUACGACAUCUGUCAGAUGGUGGAUCAACAGAUCAUAUCGUCAUGUCUCAUUACGUGAUGUAUAACACCGGUAACAUCCAUGACUUGAGUUCCGCUGAGAUUACCAAAGCAAAGUUCAUAUCCAAGGCGCUUUAGACCUUGUAAUCGCUAAUCAAACGCUCUUUCAGUCGGGACUUGUCAUAGAAAACCCUGCUGACAAGCGCGUCACGAUUAAAGACAAAUCGUCGCGCAAAUCGUUUUUGCACCGGCCGGAUCGUUCUGAGAUUGAUCUCGUCAUAUUCUAGGAAAUGAGAAGUUCUUUCUUUAGCUUUUGAAUGUUAUAUUUCAGCCAUUGGAUACUCUCUCAAUAAACGCUUAAUUAUG